AUGCUAUCACGAAGCCUUCACGCAGUCUUUGUCGGAGUACUGCUGGGAACAGUCGGUGCUCAAGACUCCACGCCGGGCGGCCCAACACAUCCAAACAUUGCGCCGAAUUGCAACGCCUUUCACACCGUCGUAGACGGUGAUGGCUGCUGGUCUAUUCAGCAAAAGUACGGCAUCACCGCCGAGGACUUUCUAGCCUGGAACCCUGACGUCUCUGAGGACUGUCUGACGAACUUCUGGCUCGGGAAUGCUUACUGUGUUGGCGUUGGCGCAGCGGUGACGACCUCAUCGACAAGUUCGGUCGUGAGCACCAGCAGCGGUCCGAUAACCCAGACCACGGCUGUCACGACGCCAAACGCGACGUACUCAACUCGAGUGCCCGUUACCGAGUGGAAUAUCACCGGCACAACCAUCGGCACAACGUUCCCGCCGCAGAAGACCCAGGCUGGACAGCACGCUGACUGCAUUGACUGGCACUACGUGGGCGAUGCCCAUACCUGUGCCUACAUCGUUGAGUCGUACGGAGGGCCGGAGCUCACGAUGAGCAAUUUUCUAUCGUGGAACCCGGCAAUCGGUUCUGAUUGUGGUGGUUUGAUCUGGGACACAUGGGUCUGUGUCAGUAUCAAGCCACAGACAUCUACCUUCUCAUACAACUUUCCCACUGCAAACGGCUCGACAACACCCAUUCCGGAGCCAACUGAAUACACUCCUACAUCUCUCCCGCCUAUUGAGACACUUACGCCUUCGCCAACUCAGCCUGGUCUGUCACCAAGCUGUCGGGCAUUCUACAAGGCGCAGGCAGAUGACAACUGUCAAGUGAUCCUUGGCUUUGGCGUUUCAACCGAAGAACAAUUCUUCGAAUGGAACCCGGCCCUCGAUGGCAACUGCAACGGUCUCUGGCUCGACUACUUUUACUGCAUAGCAGCAUACGAUCCACUGGACACCGACAACCUGCCACCUCUGGCCACCGUCACCUCGCGGCCUUCCAAUGUUGCCGGCGGCACCACAGGCCUGUGUACCAUCUGGUAUCAAGCAUCUAAAGUCGAUACCUGUGACAGUAUUGUUGGACGAUUCGGACGCUUCUCACUCGCCGAGUUUCUAGAGUGGAAUCUCGGCGUUGGAAGCGACUGUUCUGGCAUCCAGGCUGGGUGGUCGUACUGUGUUGCCAUUCCUGGCACGCCGACCGACCCCACGAGCGACCCUGAUCAGCCGUCCAUUCCGACGGGGACGCCUACCCAGACAGGCAUCGCCACGGAUUGCAGUAACUUCUGGCUUGUCUCCAGUGACGAUACUUGUGCCAGCAUUGCCGACCACAACGGCAUCACUGUCGAGCAGCUCUUGACCUGGAACCCUGCCCUCGGUAUAACGUCAUGCAGUGGCCUCAAGGCAGACGUCUAUGUUUGCGUUGCCACUGGAGGAUCUAGCGGGACUGCCACUUUGACUGCACCGCCCAUCACUGCUACGACAUCUUCGGCGUCUCCAACAACCACGACGGAGGCUACGAUCCAGACGCCGUCUCCAGUUCAGGAGGGCAUGGUGUCUGGUUGCCGCAGGUUUUACUUCACUCUAGACGGCGACGGCUGCUGGGCUAUUGCCAACGCCGCUGGCAUAGACCUCAAGUAA